GGACGGACUGUCAUCUGUACUAUACAUCAGCCCUCGUCUCCAGUCUUUCAACUCUUCGACAGUCUAUUACUUAUGGCCGACGGAAGGGUAGCUUUCAUGGGGUCCAUCGGCGAAGCAAAAGAUUUCUUUUCAUCGCAAGGAUUAGGAAUAUGCGACAAUUUUCUCGAAAGGAGUGUAAAUACAAUUAACCCUGGAUAUAAUGUGGAUAAUAUGUUUGCAUUAAACUUGUCAACUCUGGGGUCGGGCUACAGGGCUGGUUAUUGGCAACAACUGGUUACUUGUUUGGCAGUAUUCGUUGGGGUACUCUACUACGGACAGGGAUAUGACUACUCCAACGUCGAUAAUAUCAAAGGGGCUCUUAAUGUAAUAGUACUGCAAACUAUAAUGACACAGCCAUUGGUCGCUCUAACUACAUUAAUAGGAGAGGAAGCCUUACUUUGUAGGGAACACCACAACCGUACGUACGCUAUGUUCCCAUAUAUGUUGGCGACCAUUAUUACACAGGUUCAGUUUAACUACUUUGAUCAACAGACUGACCAAUUGUACACCAUUGGGGUGUAUAGUAUACUAUUUAGGAACAAAAUUAUAUGA